AUGCCCAUGUUUGCUCCGUCACUGAGGACACACACGACAGACAUUCAAGGCUGCCGUCCUCAUUCACUGACCCUUAGUUCGAUCGCCGUUCUUUCCUCCGCCUUCGUGAGCCUUGUCUAUCCGAACGCACGCCGCGUCGACAACAACUCAUUUCAGCCAAUUCGGGCUCUCGAGUCCAUCACUGAGCCCGCAUCUUCACGAGAUUGCUUCAUUCUCGCGCUCGUGACUCCGUUUCAUCUUCGUCAUUUGCACCUUCAGCUUGAGCACGAGCCUCACACACAACCGCAUAAGAAUUUUCGCCAUCCACCCAAUAACUCUUCUCAUCUCAACCCCAAACACCACACUCGCUUGGUCACCGCACUUCACGACAGACCUCCUCCGACCACCACAACUUCCUACACACACCCCCAAACAGCAAGCAUGCUUUCCGCCAUGACUGCCGUCAAGGCCGCCGCCAUCUUGGCAUUCCCACUCGCUUAUGCUGCGGACUUAUCUGCGUAUGAGGGCUACUCCGCUGAGUGCAUCACCUGCAACUCCUGGAUGCUCACCAGCGCUUCCAACCCCAGCUACUUCGAGGGCGACAAUCCACUCGUCGCCGUCUGCGCCGCUGGCAAUGACAAGACCUUCCGGCCAUGUGACAAGCUCUGCAUCGACAAGUUCGGACACUCCCUCCGCCAGAACAAGUGCGCUGGCUCCGUCCAGAACGGUGGUCACAAGCAGGCUCGUCAGACCGAGAACGUCAUCGGCAAUUAUGAGGGUUACUCUGAGGAGUGCACUCAGUGUUACUCCAACGCCCUGCCCAGCGCUUUCCAGCCACCAUACACCUACGGUGACAACCCACUCACUGCCGUCUGCGCCUCGGGCAACGACCAGUUCUUCCGUCCAUGUGACCAGCUCUGCAUUGACCAGUACGGCCACACCUUCCGUCAGAGCAAGUGCGCUGGCUCCGGACACGGUCUCAUGCAGGCUCGUCAGGCUGAGAACGUCUUUUCCGGCUACGAGGGCUACUCCGAGGACUGCACCUCAUGCUUCUCCAAUCUUCUCUCCAGCGCUUACAGCCCAGCCUAUACUGCUGGUGACAACCCACUGACGGCAGUCUGCGCCUCCGGCAACAACGACAUCUUCAAGGUCUGCGACGCCAAGUGCGUUGACGAAUAUGGCCACACUUUCCGCCAGAACAAGUGUGCUGGCUCCGUCAAGGCACCUCCCAGCAAGCGCGACUCCAGCUGUGAGAUCUGCUGGAAGACGAGGAGCUCCGAGCUGGGCUGCAACACUCCUUUCGUCAUCGCAGGCCACGAGUUCGAGCUUGCUGGCUGCAUGUGCCAGCCAGGCAAGAUCGACUCCUUCAAGCAGUGCGACGCUCAGUGCAACCAGGGCGGCAUGUUCCCCAGCUACGCCUGCGCUGUGCUCGGUCUCAGCAAGCGUCACGAGGACGAGACUACCACCUCGAGUUCCACCUCGGUCUCCACCUCAACUACCUUCGAGACUACCACCAAGACUGUCGACCCAUCGACGACCUCUUGCAACUCGACCACCUCCCUCCUCGUUGCCCCAGCCGCCACCGACGUGCCUUGCCCACCUGGGUACAAGUUCUGCUACACUACUGCCGUGGCUGGCUCGUGUGUUCUGUCUGAACUGCCAUGUGAUGGUACCCCAGCCGCCACCACCACCGGUAAGCCAUGCCCAUCUGGGUACAAGUCCUGCUACACUACUGCCUGGAGUGGCUUGUGCAUCCUCCCUGAACUGCCAUGUCCUGGUACUCCGAACCCGCUUGGCCCAGGCCCAGUCUCUGCGAACAGCACCAUCCCAUUCGCCUCUGGCACCAUCGGCCUCACUCACCCAACCGCCAACGCCACUACUGGCCAGCCAUCCGAGGCCCCACCGACCUAUAACAACGGCGCUUCUGGUCUCGGCGGCUUCGGUGCUGCCGCGUUCAGUGUCGUUGCCGUUCUCAUGGGUGCCUUCGCUUAG